AUGGCAACCCCCUCAGCUGAAGAUCUGCAGCAUCUCUGCACCCUCUUCUCACAAACCCUCGACCCAGUCCACCGCAAGUCCGCCGAACAACACCUGCUCGAAGCUCAAUCGCAACCUGGAUUCCUCCAACUGCUCAUCCACAUCAUCCAAUCCUCCUCUCUCAUCCAAACUUCCGAUCCCAUCCGCUUGUCCGCUGCAAUCAAGCUCAAAAACAUCUGCAAAACAGCCUGGGAUAUCGAUUCUGCCGAACAAUCCGCCUCGAUUCCCCUUGAGCCCCAAGACAAAAUCGCCCUCAAACAAGCCAUCAUUCCGCUUCUAGUCUCCAUCUCGACUACUGCAGAUGGAAGGCCGCCCGCACCGGCAAAUGUAAGGAGUCAGUUGGAGGAAGCGAUCGCACUGGUAGCCGAGAAGGAUUUUCCCCAAGAAUGGCCCAGUUUGAUGGACGAUCUGGUGCCCAAGUUGGCCGAGGGAGAUGAUCGAUUGGUCUUGGCGGUGCUGAGGACGAGUCAUACGAUCUUUUAUCGGUGGAGAAGUGCGUUUAGAAGUGAUGCGCUUUAUAGCGAGAUCAAUUACGUGCUGAGCAAGUUUGCACUCGCCCAUUUGCAGUUGCUUACCAAGACGGAUCAGAGAUUGUUGCACCCCAACACUCCGCCAGAGUCGAUUCCCGUGUUGGGAAACAUCCUCAACGUAGCCCUGCAGGUGUUUUAUGAUCUUUCCAGUCAAGAUCUUCCGCCGCAGAUAGAGGACAAUAUGGCACCGAUCACCGAGAUCUUGGCUAGAUGGAUCUCGCAGUCUCGCCCAGAACUUGAUGCAGAUCCGGACGAGCCAUGUACUCUUCAAGAAAUCCGAUCCUCGAUCUGCGAGAUUGCCGAGUUGUACGCAAAGCGAUACCUGGACGCCUUCCCUCAACUGCCUACCUUUGUACAAGGCAUUUGGGAAAUGUUGAAAACCAGCACACUCUCGCACAAGUACGAUACUCUGGUGUCGAAAGCGGUUGGAUUCCUCUCCACCGUAGUUCGAAUGGGCAGCUCGCGCGAGAUGUUCCAGAGUGCCGAGUCUCUCGAACAACUCUGUUCCGCCAUCAUCCUACCCAACAUUGCUAUCCGAGAAGCAGAUGAAGAACUCUUCGAAGACAACCCGAUCGAAUAUAUUCGUCGCGAUCUAGAAACCUCCAUGGAGGCAGACACUCGACGCAAAGCCGCCUCGGAAUUCUGUCGAUCCCUAAUGCAGUUGUUCUCAUCAGAAGUCACCAGGAUCGUAUCCGGCUACAUCAUGCAAUAUCUGGAGCAGUACAGAGCCGAUCCGCAAGCAGGAUGGAAACAGAAGGAUACAGCGAUUUACCUGCUCACUUCGAUCGCCUCCAAGUCUUGCACCGCGCAGGGCGGGGUGACGAGUACAAACGAACUGGUGGAUGUGGUCAAGUUUUUCAGCGAUAAUGUCUUUGCCGAUUUGCAACAGAGCAGUGAGCAUUCGCCAAGUCCGAUCCUUCAGGUCGAUGCGAUCAAGUAUCUGCAUACGUUUAGGAACCAGUUGACCAAAGAGCAGCUCUUGUCCGUGCUGCCAUUGUUGGUGCAGCAUCUGGAGAGUUCGCAGUACGUAACCUGUUCGUAUGCAAGCAUAACGAUCGAAAGCAUUCUAGCCUUGAAGAGGGAGGGCAAGAUGCUGUUUACAUCGACAGAUAUAACUCCGUUUUCGGAACCAAUCCUUAUGGCCCUCUUGACCAACAUAGAACGCGGUAACACUCCCGAGAAGAUAGCCGAGAAUGACUACCUUGUCAAGUGCAUCUUUCGCAUUCUCGCUACGGUCCGGGAGGCGAUCGCUCCUGCCCACACCACCCUUCUUUCCCACCUGGCUGGCAUUCUGGGGGAGAUCAGUAAAAAUCCAUCCAAUCCGCGCUUCUCGCAGUAUCUCUUCGAAUCCAUCGCCGCCUUGAUUCGGUAUACGGUGGCGGUGGAUGCCGAGAGUCUGCAAGGCUUUCAAGACCAACUGUUUCCCAGGUUUACAGCGAUUCUAACUCAGGAUGUUGCCGAAUUCCAACCCUACGUAUUCCAAAUCCUUUCGCAGAUGCUCGAGUUACAUCCUCCCACUGCUGGCUUACCCGAGACCUACUCUUCCUUACUCCCACCUAUCCUUACUCCCGCAUCUUGGGAGAAUCGGGGUAAUGUCCCAGCCUUGGUUCGUCUGGUGCGCGCCUUCCUAGCGAAGGAUGCGCAGAGGAUCGUAGCUCAAGGUCAACUGGCUGCUAUGUUGGGCAUCUAUCAAAAGCUGAUUUCCACACGAAUCAACGAGGCUUUUGCGCUGGAAUUGCUGGAAACCCUCUUCGAAGCCGUACCCUCCUCGGCACUAGAUCCCUACAAAUGUGCGAUCCUCACGAUGCUUCUCACUCGUCUGCAACAGUCGAAAACGGGAAAACUGGUGAAAUGCACGAUCCAUCUGAUCUCUUCCAUCUCCCUUACCCCCAAAGGCGCUGACUAUGCGAUUGGCUUGUUUGAAGCGGUCCAACCAGGACUCUUCCUCCAGAUCGCACAGAGUCUCAUCAUUCCCGAACUGCCCUCGGUUGCAGAAAGACAGAAAAAAGUCGUCUCGGUUGGAUUCGGAAUGCUCCUGACGAACUCCACCCUGCUUCGCACACAGCCAGCGCUCGGCAUCCUCGCAGGCCUAUUAAACGCGCACAUCAAGCUGCUUCUCACCCCAAGCGCUGCAAGUGUUGCACACGAAGAACAGCAUUUCCUCCUAGCUGAUCAGGAUGCUGCAACAGCUGGCUUUCAGAGUGCCUUUUCCAAAUUGGCUGCAAGCGAAACAACUAAAAGCGACCCAACAGACACCCUUUUACACACUAUCCCCACCCGCGAUACCAGAGUUUGGUUCAGCACAGAAUUGGAUCGCUUCAGAAGUCACGUCGGUCAGCACCUCUGGGACUCCAUCUGGCGCGGUGUUGGAGAUGAUACCAAAUUUGCUUGGCAGACCGCACUCGGUGAGACUCAGACAGAAGGCGCAAGGUAA